AUGGCCGAUAUUGAAGAAUUCGAAGAUGGAGUUCAGAUGCUGAUGCACGGUUCUCAUGGUGGGGGAGCAAGCAACGAGCUUGCGGAUAUCGGUUUCGCGCAAGAGGGCGGGGCAACAACGAAGAAAAAGUCGAGAAGCACCAGAGAUGCUGCCGCCAUCAAGAGACGAUGCGUCAGUACGGCGUGUAUUGCGUGUAGGAGGAGAAAAUCCAAAUGCGAUGGCAAUACCCCCAGUUGUGCGGCCUGUUCGAGUGUUUACGGCACUGAAUGCGUCUACGAUCUCAACAGCGAUCAUCGAAGGAAGGGUGUGUAUAGGGAGAAGAUAGACACUCUCAAGACGCGGAACUCGACUUUGCAGACGUUGGUCCAGGCCAUAUUGAAUGCGGCGGAGGAUGAUGUGCCAGCCCUGAUACGGCAGAUCCGAUCUUGCGAGAACUUAGACGAUGUGGCCGACAACAUCCUUAGAAAAGAGCAGGGACUCGACGACGAGGAGCAGGAAAACGAUGACAACGCGACAUAUACGGCGACAACUUUGCCGACCUUUGAGACGGAGCUCUCAGGCAGGAUGGGGGAGCUGAGGCUCGAGAAUGGUUCAGUUCGGUUUCUAGGAGGGACCUCAAAUCUCAUAUAUCUCGAUCCAACUGAGGACGACGAAGGCAUCGCUGGUGUGGAAAUGGUACAACAGCAGAUGGAUCCCUUGACUAGCUGGUCAACCGUUACAACAGAUACCGAGGUCAUUGUGCAUCUGAUCAAUAUGUAUUUUACCUGGCACUACCCGUACUUCACGACGUUAUCGAAAAGCUUGUUCUACCGGGACUUUCUUUUGGGGAAACCACAAGGCACCUCCAAAAGAACGGUCUACUGCUCUAGUCUUCUGGUCAAUGCAAUGCUUGCUCUUGGAUGCCACUUCACGAAUUCGCCAAGGGGCUGUGCCGACCCCAACAAUCCGGCGACGAAAGGAGACGCAUUCUUUGCCGAAGCCAAGAGGUUGAUCGUUGAAAACGACGAGUACGAGAAGCCAAAAUUGACCACUAUCCAAGCCUUGUGCCUGAUGUCCGUUCGAGAGGCGGGAUGUGGUCGAGAAGCAAAAGGCUGGGUUUACUCUGGGAUGAGCUUUCGAAUGGCACAGGAUAUGGGCUUGAAUCUUGAUUCUGGCGGAAUGACCAACAACCGAGAGACCAUGGAUGAUAAAGAAAUCGAUGCGCGGAGAAUCACUUUCUGGGGCUGCUUUUUGUUCGAUAAGUGCUGGUCUAACUACCUCGGGAGACUCCCGCAAUUACCAGUGUCGAAUAUUACGGCUCCAAAAUACGAUGUAUUUCCAGACGAAGAUUCUGAUAUUUGGUCGCCCUACACUGACAACGGAAUUGGUCAACUGCAUUCUCAGGCUUCGCGAACAAGGGCAGUGGCGCUUCAGAUAUCCAAGCUUUGUGAAAUCAGCAGUGAUUUGUUGAUUUUCUUCUAUCAUCCACAGACUUUAGAGAAAUCGGUUGGACGAUCUCAAGAGCUGAAGAAGCUGGGUGAGUUGCAGACGAGGCUGGAAGCUUGGCGUAAAGAAUUGCCCAAGGAGAUGGAGCCGAAGGAAGGACAACUGCCGAAUGUGUUGCUCAUGCACAUGUUUUUCCAUCUUCUAUAUAUCCACUUGUUCCGUCCUUUUCUCAAGUACAAUCCAUCAACCUCGCCGCUUCCAUCAUAUGUCUCACCUCGCAAGCUCUGUACCCAUGCGGCAGGCUCGGUCUCAAAGCUCAUGCGUCUUUACAAACGCACUUACGGUCUUCGUCAAAUUUGCAACAUUGCAGUCUACAUCGUCCAUUCAGCCUGUACUAUCCACCUGCUUAAUCUCCCAGAAAAGACCGCAAAAAGAGAUAUAAUCCACGGAGUCAAGCAUCUCGAAGAUAUUGCCGAAGACUGGCUCUGUGCUCGCCGAACACUCUCCAUCCUGUCAGUGCUAGCUCGCAAAUGGAAAAUUGAUCUUCCCGAAGAAGCAGCCAUAGUCUUAGCACGCACCGAUCACAAAUUUGGGUUCUUCAGCACAGCCGACGUACCAUCUCCGAAGCACGAAUUAGUGGUCUCUACCCCACCAUCAAACACGACUUCGCCCCGUAUCCAACAGCCUCCACCACAGCAACUAAGUCAUUCGCCCCCACAAACGCUGCUUCAGCAGAGUAUAUACUCAUACCGCCCAGACCCUAGGAGUAACAUAGCCACUUCUCUCAUGCCUGUGCCAAACUCAAACAACCAACACCAUUGUUAUAUAAGCCAGACCCCCGACGGCGUUAUCAGUGGUAUCGGGUCUAUGACCAUGCCAGCCGAGCCUCUAACACCUGCUGUCCCCUACCCCCUCCAUCACACAUACAAAAAUUCCGCUUCAUCCAUCUCGCGCCACAUAGUGACAACCAACAACGAACUUGCACGCAGCAACUCCGCCGCCACAUCCGAAGCUUCGGGUUCCAUGACUCGGCAAGUUUCUCCCAGCACCCUGUUUGGUGGUGUGGAGGCUCUUGUCGUAAGCCAAGACUGGUGGCUCCGAGACCAGGCCAACCUGGCUACUGGUUUCGAUAACUGGAUGUCAGUAGGUAGCGGCAGCGACAUCACCGGGACGAAUACUGGAAACUUGAGCGCGAGUGCCGAAAUCGAUCAGAUGACGAGCACGGGCUACUACAUGCCUCCUACGAACAACAAUAUCAAGAGCAAUAAUGGGUAUGGAAAUGAGGAUUGGGGUUAUAACUGA